CCCUCACUUCAGAUAUAGAGAGAAACCCGGUGGGAGCUGUCAGAGUCCUGUGUGGAGGAUCCAGAGACACAGCGAUGGAGUUCUUCUUGGUGUUGGUCUCCUCUGUUUUGAGCUGUGCUAUCGGCGCUGGAAUUCCUGAUGACGGAAUACACUGGACAUAUGCAGGUAAAGAGGGAGCCUUGGACCAGAUGCACUGGCCAACCAAGUACCCUGCAUGUGGUGGUAAGAAGCAGUCCCCAAUAGACAUCCAGAGGCGCAACGUGAGACACAACCCAGACAUGCUGCAGCUGGAGCUCAACGGAUAUGAUGAUCAGGAAGGGAAUUUUCUCAUGUCCAAUAACGGGCAUUCCGUUCAAAUUGACCUGCCUCCCACCAUGGUGAUCACAAAGGGCCUCCCAGGAAAAUACACAGCGGUCCAGAUGCACCUGCACUGGGGCGGCUGGGACCUGGAGGCCAGCGGAGCAGAGCACACCAUCGACGGCAUCCGUUACAUGGCAGAGCUCCAUGUUGUCCACUACAACUCUGAGAAGUACAACAGCUUUACUGAAGCCAGAGAUAAGCCAGACGGGCUGGCAGUACUCGCCUUUUUCUAUGAUGACGGGCAUUUUGAGAACACCUACUACAGUGAUUUCAUCAACAAUCUGGAUAAAAUCAAAUAUGCAGGUCAGUCCAUGCACAUAUCAAGCAUUGAUGUGCGCUCCAUGCUCCCCGAAAACAUCAACCACUUCUUCAGAUACCAGGGCUCCCUCACCACGCCGCCCUGCUAUGAGAGCAUCCUCUGGACCGUGUUCGAUACUCCCAUCACUCUCUCACAGAACCAGAUCAGGAAACUGGAGAGUACUCUGAUGGACAUGGACAACAAGACCCUGUGGAAUGACUACCGCAUCGCUCAGCCUCUCAACAGCCGUGUGGUGGAGUCUUCUUUCCUGCCACGUCUGGGGAAAGGAACCUUUUGUCGACAAGAUGAGAUUGAAUCCAAGCUCCUGAAGAUCGAGGGUCUGAUAACGUCUCUUGGAAAGCACAUUCAUUCAGGUGGACAGGUUAACAGAUAUGAACCCCGGGCUCGGUUUCCCCUGGUCCUUGACUUCCAGGAGAAAAACUCUGGAAGUUAUGCUUUGGCUCGCCUCAGCCACCCCAUGGAACUGAACUCCUUCACUGUCUGCAUGCAUGUCCUGCCUCAGCUCGAGGGUGUCCACACCGUCGUCUCCUACGCCAGUAACGGCAACGACAACGAGCUGAUGAUCUCCAUCGCUGAGGACAGGGACGGGAGAGAGGUGGGCCUCUGGAUUGGAAAUGAGUUUGUCAACCUGCCGCACAACUUUAAGUCCCUCGACUGGGCCAACUACUGCAUCACUUGGUCUUCCCAGACCGGCGGCGUCGACCUGUGGAUCAACGGCAUGGUGGGGGAGUUGCGGUAUCUGAAAAAUGGAUACACAAUCAGCCCAGGUGGUGUGUUCAUUGUGGGAAAGGACCAGGACGGAUUGCUGGGCAUCACCAAUGCAGACGCCUUCGUGGGCAAGAUGACUGAUGUCAACGUGUGGGACUACGUGCUUUCCACAGCAGAUAUUCGGGACCAGAUGUCGUGUGAGAGAAACAACACUGUGGUGGGAAAUGUGUUCAGCUGGGGAACGACCAAACUCAGCAUGUUUGGGGGGGUGCAGCUGGACAGCCAGUACAGGUGCGCCUGAUUGGACAACAGAUUCUGUAGGCAUGAGCUUUGAAAUGUAAUAGCAAUAAACAAACAUUUCACUGGUGAUCGUGGGGGAUUUGAUAUGUGUUUAAUAAAGAAUAAAAUAUUUCUUUCAAGCACCUGUAAAAUAUUCAAUGCAAACUGUAUCUUAUUGUUUUGGCCAUGUAUUGUAUUCAUAUCUUAGCCUCAUCAAUAAAGGCUUUAAAGGCACUCGUUGGUUUGCAUUCAAUGAUGCA